AUGGUAACUGAUAGUGUCAUAAACGUUAUCUACAUCGAAGAUUAUCAAGUUUCCUAUAACAAUACGCACCUUCAUCAUUUUACUCAUUUACCUGACAACAUAAGUCAAACAUCUAUUCAACUAACAAUGACAAACAUCGAUGUUAAUGUUGAAGGUUUGGAUGAACUCGUUGAUCGAUCAUUAACUCGUGUUAUCGAGGAAAUCAAUCCAACUCUUGAGAAAUUUCAAAAUCUUUCUCUUGAACUUAUCUCAACAUUGGAAACACGCAUAAAAGAAAAUGUUUCAGAAACACUUUACUACUUGGAAACUAAUUUAUUUGUCCUUCUAUUCGUAAUGAUAGUUGUCCUUAUUCUUAUCCUUAUUAUGUUUUGGUUACUUGAGACUGUUAUGAGAAAUUUUGAGUUCAAAUUAGCAACACGAAAAUUCAUCGGUUUAAUAUUCUUUACUGCUAUAUUCAUUUGGUUAUUCGUUGCCACUACCCUUGCGACGUUUCCUCCUCCACAACCGAUUGAUCUUCAAACAUUGAAAUAUAUUUUAUUUAGUGUGUUAUGUAUAAGUAGUGCGGUAAUGAUCUUUAUCUGGAUACGAUGGAUAUGUAUACAUCGAAAAUGUAUUCGCACGUUUUUUGUUAACGAACUUUGUCAUUUUCAAUCGAAAACAUAUCCAAUCGAAUCAAUAACAACUAUCAAGACAGUAGUGGACAAUAUACCAAUGGAUCCAGUAGCAGGAAACCGAAAGAACACUUUAUUUUAA